AGGUGUAACAACUAAUUGAAAUGAGUUUUAGUAACACGUGGUGGAUGCAAUGCGUUGUGUGUCGUGUAGCGUGUAUAAUGCUAUUAACUAUUGUUCUCUUUUGUUUUAUGAGUUGUUAGUCUGUUUUAUCAUUUGAGUAUAGUUGUAUGAGAGGUCUGUAGAGGCGUGACUGUAGACACGCGUCCGCUACAACUCUGUGUGGGAAACCAGGGCGGUGGAAAAAGGUUAUCUUGUCCUGUGUCACUAUACUUUUUGUGAAGAUUUUCAUUAUUUUCAUAUCAGAUGUCGGAUACAAAAACAGAAUCACCGAAGAAAGCUGUACCUGCAGCUGAUUUGGUUAAAAAAGAAGAAAAAAGGAAAUCUGGAAAGCCUAGAAAUUAUGAUCUAGGAAAUGGUGUAUAUAGAUUUAGUCGGUCACGCAUGUAUCAUAAGAAAGCCAUUUACAAGUUUAUUGAUAAAAAAACACCUAAAAUUGUGAAAACUAAAAGACCAUUGACCAUUGAAAAAGAAAUAGGUGGUGACAAGAACGGAGAAAAGCGGAUAGUUCCGUUGAAAAAGAGAUCUUAUUAUCCUACGGCGGAUCCUAUUACUAAAAAACACGCUAAGAAAUAUUUCCGUGAGCAUCGUAGAUAUUUAAGACCUUCUUUAGUUCCUGGAACUAUUUGUAUAUUGUUAGCUGGAUCACACAAAGGGAAACGUGUGGUAUUCCUAAAACAGCUGAAGAGCGGUCUACUCUUAGUUACAGGUCCAUUCCUCAUUAACGGUUGCCCAAUGCGUAGAAUUAAUCAGAACUAUGUCAUAGCGACUUCUACGCGUAUUGAUCUUACCGGAUUCAAAUUGCCGGAACAUAUAAAUGAUGAAUAUUUCAAAAGAAAACUUGACAAACGUGCAAAAAAAGAGGAAGGUGAUAUUUUCAGCAAAAAGACUGAGGAAUACAAGCCCACUGAACAAAGGAAAAAUGAUCAGAAAGUUGUGGACAAAUUUAUUAUAAACAAAAUUAAACAAAAUCGAGACAAAAAAUUAUUAUUUACCUAUUUAUCAGCUAUGUUUGGUUUGCGAAGCAGUCAAUACCCGCAUAGAUUACAAUUCUAAUAUGUAUGAAUAACUAUAUAUGAACUCAUAACAUGUAUGCGAUUUUCUUGAAGAAUAAUAAAAAUUAUUACUUAUCUACAAAACGAA